AUGUCCGCGCCCGACAGGUUUGGCAACGACAUCGAGUCCGAUUCCGAUUCGGGCAACGAGUCACCUAUCAACGAUGGGGUUGACGAUGGUGUUGAGGAGUUAGAUCAGAAACCUCUCAAGUCGGCUAUGAAGAAGUCUCCCUCAGGUCCCUCACCUCCGAUUGAGCGUCCUCAUCUCCCUCCUCAAACAGACGCAAAAGACCUCGAUCUCCAAUCACUAAACCCGCUCACACCUGAGAUUAUCGCGCGACAAGCCACUAUCAACAUUGGUACGAUCGGUCACGUCGCUCACGGCAAGUCUACCGUUGUGAAGGCCAUAUCAGGUGUCCAGACUGUUCGUUUCAAGAACGAGUUGAUCCGAAAUAUCACCAUCAAGUUGGGAUAUGCGAAUGCCAAGAUCUACAAGUGCGAUAACCUUGAAUGCCCUAGGCCCGGAUGUUAUCGAAGCUACAAGAGUGAGAAGGAGGUAGACCCUCCUUGCGAGCGUGAAGGAUGUAGCGGUACAUAUAGACUUCUACGCCAUGUCUCCUUUGUCGAUUGCCCUGGUCAUGAUAUUCUCAUGAGCACUAUGUUGUCUGGAGCUGCGGUGAUGGACGCCGCUCUAUUGCUGAUUGCUGGAAAUGAAACCGUACCUCAGCCUCAAACUUCGGAACAUUUGGCAGCUAUCGAAAUUAUGAAGCUUGACAAGAUUAUCAUUCUUCAGAACAAGGUCGACCUUAUGCGAGAAGAGGCCGCCCAACAACAUUACCAGUCUAUCCUGAAGUUCGUCCGUGGAACUCCUGCUGCCAAAUCACCCAUCAUCCCUAUCUCUGCACAACUGAAAUUCAAUAUCGACGCUAUUAACGAGGCCAUUGUCAACACUAUCCCUGUACCACCCAGAGAUUUCACUCAAGAGCCUCACAUGAUGGUUAUUCGAUCCUUCGACGUCAACAAGCCUGGUGCCGAAAUCGAAGAGUUGAAGGGUGGUGUUGCAGGUGGCAGUAUUCUGCAUGGUGUGUUGAAGCUCGGUGACGAGAUUGAAAUCAGACCUGGUAUUGUGACUCGAGACGAUAAGGGUGCUCUCCAGUGCAAGCCCAUCUGCAGUCGUAUCGUUUCCCUCAACUCGGAGUUCAACGAUUUGAAAUAUGCAGUCCCCGGUGGUCUCAUUGGUGUUGGCACGCGUAUUGACCCUACUCUGUGCAGAGCUGACCGCCUGGUUGGGUUCGUUCUCGGCCUUAAGGGACGUCUUCCUGCCAUCUACAGCGAGAUUGAAGUCAACUUCUACCUCUUGAAGAGACUGCUGGGUGUUCGCACAGCAGACGGCAAGCAAGCAAAGGUAGCCAAGUUGACCAAGAACGAAGUUCUCAUGGUGAACAUUGGAUCUACCUCAACUGGUGCCAAGGUUGCUGCCAUCAAGCAAGAUGCUGCUAAGCUAUCCCUAACCAGCCCUGCCUGCACAAACCUUGGAGAGAAGAUCGCUCUUAGCCGAAGAAUUGAGAAGCACUGGCGUCUCAUUGGAUGGGCUACCAUCACAGCUGGUGUCACAUUGGAACCUACCGAAUCGUGA